GAACGAAGCAGCCUUUUUUUUUUUUUUUGCUGUGCCUUCUGUAAGACCUGACUCUUCGAUCUAACCAACCAUGUGAUUCACCCUUACUGGCCAUCCCCUUCCUGAUCUCCAUGGACUGCCAGCAGCCCUAGAGAGCAGCCUAGCGGAUUGUAUGCUGCUGGUGUUAAUUGCUCACUCAAUAAUCCAGCUGCAGUGCUAGCUCCUUUCCUGCCCAGCUGCUCCUGGCUGGAGUAGCUGUGGAUGGAUUAUCUCAUUCUUCUGGCUCAUCCUAGCCCUGAGCUGCCGGAGAGCACUAAGCAGCCCCUUUAUCCUUUCCUAAAACGAAGGGAGGGUUGCAGGGAGAUUGACCUUUUAGUCACCCCUGUCUCACUGGCAGGACUUAAGGUGAAUCAUUAAAAUGCCCAGAAAGCACCGUUCCAAGCUUCGGGUUCCCUUAGCAUUGCAGCCUUCAACUCCUUUCUUCCCAGGGAGUGAGGCACCAGGAGGUCAGAUCAAGCAGGUCCCCAGACCCCGGCUAGCAGUGGAGGAGCCAGAGGCAGUGAUGGAGGAUUCAGAGAGGAAUGCAGACAACCAACUGCCCUCUGCAGAGGAGGAAGCAGAGCCAGGGCCUUCUAAGAGGCCCACCACCAAGAGGAAGGUGGCAGUACCGCCAGGUGAUGUUUGCAGAUUUAGAAACAAAUUGUAUCCUGUGCUGGAAUUGCCAAGUUACACCACAGUUACUCUCUCAGACAAUAGUGACGAAGACUUUGAGGGACCCUCUAGGACUUCUUUGUCUGUUGAGACUGGAAAUGUUGUGAAAAUGCGGGCAGAUUCUACCAAUUUUUCACCACUACUUAAAGCCAGAUGUGGAGCCAGGGGCAGUACUAGGCCAUCCCCAUCUACAAAAGAAGACCACAUCCCCUUACAGCUCACACUUGGUUGGAAAGGGGCAAAAGUCUCAGAUCAGGAGGAGAGUUCAAGCCCCUUGGAGAGAAAGGAAUGUCUUCCCCAGGACAUAGAUUGUGACAGCAAUAUCCCAGAUACCAGGGCUACCAGCUUCUUGGCAUCUGUUGCCAGUGAGUGGAUUCCAAGUGGGCUUGCACUGGAGUAUUUACUGACUCCAUUAAAUACUCUAAAGAAAUAUUCCUGUCAGAAUUUCAAUCAGCAGGUGGAAAACUAUUUUAAGAGGGUAUAAGAGUCCUGAGAGACUCAAUGAAACCAAACCUGUUAGAAAUGCAAACUCCAGUUUGUGUAUUUACAAUCUGUAACAAAACACACUUCUGUUUAUAGUAGAGCCAGAAUGGUUCAGAGAACUUCAAGCUGGUAAAUAUCAAGUAUAAAAUUUACUCUUGGACUGGCAAGCAGAUCUAGUAACAGGAAACAAUAGGCUUGCUUUAUUCUUGAGAGGUUGAAUGUUCGUAGUACUGAUAUUGCAUUAAAAAUUGGAGAAAGGGGGUUUCAGUCCAAUUUGGGGUGACUAUAAUUCCUUUUGAAAGCCUAGAGAUGUACUAAGAUAGGACUCAUACAGAAAAAUAUGAGAAAAUUUGUCAUAGAAGCCAGUGGUUUCUAAUACCCACUACUUGUUAGAUCAGCUAAACUCAAAACCUGUUUACAUAUCAGUAAUUCUCUUUGCUGGCUGCUGAUUUUGGUUUUUGGAUCCAGGUUUCUAAGUUCUAUUCCCAAUGUUACAGAUAUUUGGCUAGCUCACAAUGAUCUCUUUAUAUAUGCAGCCACAGAUUGUUACAUGCACAACAUGAGACAGCUAGAGCACCUUGUGUACUUAAUCCCUUCAACAGUAUUAAAAAAGCUCCAGGCACCGGUAAAAACUGCAGUGCAAUUGAGAGUGUUCACGUAGCCUUUUUUUCAAAAUCCUUUUUUCACUUCCCUCAUCCUGUUUUUGCGACAUUGUGUGUGGUAGAAUGCAAAUCAAAAUGUGAAUGCCUCAGACUGGAACAUUUCCUUUACUUAGCCAUUAGCAAACCAUUUUUUUAAAAAAAGGGAUUAAGAUUCCUGGAUUUUGGAUUCAGAUACAGCCCAGCCUGAUCAUGUGAACACAAUUUCUGAAAACAAAUUCCUGGAGAGCAGGAUCUUCAGGAGACAGACUAAUCAUCUUUUCUAUUGCUCUUGGUAAUCGGAAAUGCCUCUUGUUGGCAUGAUGUCAGGCACUCUCUAGCCUAUUUUGGCUAUGUCCUCUUGGUGAAGCUAAAUAAAUGAGCUAUUACCAGUGGAACAGAUUUUCAGUUUCCAAGAUAAUAUUGGAGAUACAAGGUGGAGUUUGGAAAUAAAAAGUGUGUGUGGGGGGGAAAGCUUAGUCUUUUGAAGUAAAUUUUGCUUAGUGCUGGAUUUCCCUCUGGCCCUAAAGCUAGAGAAUUAUGUGUAUUCCUAUACUGUUACCAUUGACUACCUGGUUUGAGUAGCACCUGUUGUAAACUUCCAUUUGUUUAAUGUUUUCACAUGUUUGUGUUACAUUAUUUGACAAGUUACAUAAAAAGUUAAUAAUCUUUACAAGC